ACGCCUGCCGCAAACAGCCACUUUGUCCUCGAUCAUUCCUCCGCAAAUAGUAGUCUAGGCAGAAGACACUCGCGACUGCUUCCGUGAAAUCGCCCGGUGCGAUCGCGACGACCCCGCCAAUUUCCCUCAUCCCACCCACCACUAACCCUCUUAAAUUCCCCACGACCACCGACUUUGGCCUUUGUCCUUUUGAUAGCCUGCCCCACCUGCACUUAGUCCAACAAACCACACAAACCUCCUCACAAUGGCCGAAGUAGCAGCUGCACCAAAGGGCGAUCAGCAGGUUCCGCUGGACACGAUUCCCAUCUCGCCUACGGAGAACUCUGGCGAGAGCAAGGAGGAAUCGACCAACAACACGUCAUCUGAGGGCGAGAUCCGUACCGUCUUCCAUGACCCAGAGAACUUCAAUGUCAAGCACCCGCUCAUGAACACAUGGACGCUAUGGUUCACCAAGCCUCCGAGUGGCAAGGGCGACAACUGGGCUGAGCUGCUGAAAGAGGUCAUCUCGUUUGACUCAGUUGAAGAGUUCUGGGGCAUCUACAACAAUAUUACCCCCACAUCCGACCUCGCGCUCAAGUCUGACUACCAUCUGUUUAAGAAGGGCGUACGGCCCGAGUGGGAAGACUCGCAGAACAAGCACGGCGGCAAGUGGGCUUUCCAGUUCAAGGACAAGAAGGCCAUCAACAUCGAUGCGCUCUGGCUUCACGUCAUGUUGGCCGCCAUCGGCGAGAACCUCGAGGACGAGGAUGACAACGAGGUCAUGGGUGUUGUCGUCAACGUUAGGCGAGGCUUCUACCGUAUCGGUCUCUGGACGCGCUCCGUCGGCCGCGCCAUCUCGGGCGAGGGAGGCAAGGGCAGGACUCAGGAGCAGGGCAAGGAGGUUCUGCUGAAGAUCGGUAGGCGAUUCAAGCAGGCGCUUCAGCUCAAGGACAACGACUCGGUUGAGUUCUCUGGUCAUACCGAUGCCGCUCAUGCUGGCAGUACCCGCGCAAAGGCCAAGUUCAGCGUCUAAGGAUGCUGCGACAGACUCAAGCAUGCAACAGUGUUUAGCGCUUGCGAUACCUCCGCCGUCCUCGGACAUACGGCGCAGUCACGUCUGGACUGCAUUUCCUCGAUUUAUUCCCUGUUUGGUCUAAAAGUAUCUCACUUAACGGUUAAUGAUACGGACUGGGUUUCUAGCAUGGCGUCUGCAUGGGCGGCGAAGGGUGAUAUCGGUUUCUAUACAUAGGCCGUUCAGUCGUGGUGGGUAUACCUCGAACAGGUGGGGGGCUUUGAGCUUGAAUAAACAGGCUCUUAUAUCGAACAUAUCUACGAAUGAAA